AUGCUGCUCUCCCAAGACAUGGAUCACCACACCGCGCCUCUUCUCACCCCAACCUCAGGUCUCCUGCAACAAAACCACUCGCGGGCAGAAACCUCGAACCCUUUGGGAAGCCAUGAGGCCACCACUUUGUCCAAGGAGCCUGGGUUAGAGAAAAACAGUACAGCUUCACAGUACGAGUUGAUGACUGGAGAAAUUAUCAUUGCCAGCUUGCUUUGGGGGAUGUUAUGGUUAUUCUCCGUCUUCGGAAACUCCCUGGUUUGCCUCAUCAUCUACCGGAGUAGGAGGACUCAAUCAACCACCAAUUAUUUCGUGGUCUCCAUGGCCUGUGCAGACUUGCUGAUGAGUGUUGGGUGCACACCGCUCGUUCUGUUCCAGUUAGCGUCCGACGGAUGGACACUGGGGAGCAUGAUGUGCAAGACAAUCAGGUAUUUUCAGUACCUCACCCCUGGGGUUCAAAUUUAUGUCUUGCUUUCCAUCUGCAUGGACAGGUUCUACACUAUCGUCUACCCGCUAAGUUUCAAGGUGACGAGGGAAAAAGCCAAAAAAAUGAUUGCGGCGUCUUGGAUCUUCAAUGCGGCCUUGAUGUCUCCAGUUUUCAUUUUUGGGGGUUUGGACAGAGACCACCACUGCCGAUUUUUCCCUCCUUAUUCUUGGGAUGGCGCCGUUUAUAGCAUCAUCCAUGUAUUAGUAGCUUUCCUGGCUCCGUCGGUUCUCAUCAUUUUCUUUUACCAAAAAGUCAUCAAGCACAUUUGGAAAAUUGGGAGCGAGGGCAGAACAGUCCGGAGGACGAUGAACGUGGUCCCUAGGACAAAGGUGAAAACCAUCAAAAUGUUCCUGAUGCUAAAUGCUCUCUUUCUGGUCUCGUGGCUCCCAUUUUACGUGGUUCAACUGUGGCACCCGCUUGAGACCUAUCGUAGGAAAAGCUCCUUGGUCUUUUUGAUGGUGACUUGGAUAUCGUUUAGUUCCUCAGCCUUGAAACCUACGUUGUAUUCAGCAUAUAAUGCCAACUUCAGAAGGGGGAUAAGAGAGACUUUCUGUAUGUCCUCCAUGAAAUGUUACCGUAGUAAUGCCUAUACUAUCACAGCCAGCUCCAAGAUGGCCAAGAAAAAUUACGUGGGGAUCUCAGAAUUCCCCGUUGCGCCAAAAACUGUUUCCAAAGACACCAUAUACGAUUCUUUCAACCGAGAAGCAAAAGAGAAAAAACUUGCCUGGCCUAUUAAUUCAAACCCACCAAACACAUUUGUAUAA